UCUAUGUGUAAUGGCCGACUGUUUCGUUUUGUGACGCUUGAAUUUUUCUUUAAAGUUUCAAGAAACUUCACAUACCUAUAAACCAAAACCUUUAGUUACUUUCAAGCUGUGUUCAUCUUUAUUUCUUUAAGAUACAUAAUAGUAACAUUUAAUUUGAAAUGGCAGCUGUGCAAGGUCCACCGGGGAAACAGUGGCCGGUGCGUCCUGGCGUGCAACAUCAGAAUAGUCAUAACAGUGGAAAUUUAACACUAAAUAGAACAAUAAACUUAUAUCCUCUAACUAAUUAUACAUUCGGAACCAAAGAGCCAUUGUUUGAGAAGGAUGCAUCGGUACCAGCAAGGUUUCAGAGGAUGAGGGAAGAAUUUGUCAAAAUCGGUAUGCGGAGAUCUGUAGAAGGUGUGCUACUGGUUCAUGAACAUGGAUUACCUCAUGUCUUGUUGUUGCAGCUGGGUACAGCAUUCUUUAAACUGCCUGGUGGUGAACUGAACCCUGGAGAGGAUGAAAUUGAAGGUCUCAAACGUUUAUUAACGGAGACAUUGGGAAGACAAGAUGGUGUUAAACAAGAGUGGGUAAUAGAAGAUACAAUAGGUAAUUGGUGGAGACCAAAUUUUGAACCGCCUCAAUAUCCAUACAUUCCACCUCAUAUUACAAAACCUAAAGAGCAUAAGAGAUUAUUUCUGGUACAAUUACAAGAUCGUGCAUUAUUUGCUGUACCAAAGAAUUAUAAAUUGGUUGCGGCUCCGUUAUUUGAGUUGUACGAUAAUGCACAAGGGUACGGACCGAUAAUAUCAUCAUUAUCACAAAGUCUUUGCAGGUUUAAUUUUGUUUAUAUGUAGUGUUUUUUAUUUGGAACGGAUCACAGAUAUAGCAGGGCCAUUUUUAUAUGUCAUAUUUGAUGUUUCUAGCUAUCAACAACCCCGUCUGCUCGGAAUUAAAAAAAUUUGUAGUCUAUGUGUUCUUCCAGACUAUGUUCCACAUCUAUGGCAAAUUUCAUCCAAAUCCAUACGGCCAUUCGUGAGAUAUUUUCUGACAUCAAAACAUUUGCAUUUGUUAUAUUAGUAAGAUUUAAUUUCAUGUCUUUACAAUAUUGUUUUAGUGAAUUCU